GCGGCGAAUAGCGGUGGGACACUGGCAUUACCGAGCACAGGUGCACGGGGCGGGAGCCCCGCGGCUCGACGGGCGGGGUGCCGCGGCCGAGGCUGCGGUGCCGAGGGAGACUCCAGCCUCGCGCCGCCAGUCAACCCCUCGCUCCCUCCCUCCCUCCUUCCCUCCCUCCUUCUCGCUGGGUUGGCGGGGACCGGGGCCUAGGGCGCGGGGGCGGGAGAACUCUAGACGCCUCUUGGGAAGCAAUUCCUAAUUAUGGGACCUGCGGCGGAGCAGCGCAGGAAGCAAGUCCCAAGUCAGCAUGCGAUCUACUCGCGCAUCCCUAAUGUAGGCGCACCCCUAGUUUUAGUUUGCUUGGCCUUGUUAGUCGCAGGUGUUUACGUACAAAAGAGUCAUUUUAUUCCACUCAACUCAAACCUGCAGAGGUUGAGUGAGCACCGAGAUGUGCUUUUUAAAGAUACUGUUCUACUUUAAAAUGUUUCAUCCCCAGUAUAUAGUAUAUUGAUGAUAAGGAUCUACUUUUUAUUAUUUUAAUGUUUGCUCAAUUUGGGUGAUAGGUUGUGUAAGGAAUAUGAAAAUGUGGAAUGAAGCUUUAGGCUGAUCGCUUUAGGUAUGAUCGCUAACGUUGUAGGUUUUUUCAAGAAUUUAAAUAUACAAAUAAAAAUAAUUUACCCACAUUAUCGAACCCCACUAAAGAAUACCGUUCUUGUCCGUAUUCUUUCCCUAUGCUGUUCUGUAUCUUUAUUACACAGUUCUGCCCCAUUCAUAAGCAACUUUGUUUAUAUAGUGUUGAAUAUUUAUUAUAUUGAGUACAUAGUCAAAGUUGUUCUUGAAUACCCCACUGUGGAGCCUUUGUUUAUGUCCAGAAUUUCUGCUCUUUAAAAAAGCAGUUACCAUCACUGAGCAUAGAGUUUUGUCCUUGUUUCCUUGGGGGUAAAUUUCAGGAGUUGGAAAUGGUGAAUCAAACUUUUGUAUUCUUUGUUUGACACUUUAAUAUGAAUUGUUUUCUAAACAAGGCAUGUUUGCAAUAGACAUUUUUCAAAAUCUGGAUAUUCGCUCGGUUCUGUUCCCUGUAGGUGGAAUUCAGCAAGGUAGCAAGUCAUUUUCUGUGUUGGUGGAGACAGGAUGUGCAGCUAGUAUUGUAUACUACCAACUCUUACAAAUCAGGCAUAGACCAAGUUCUGUCUGCUGCUGAGAGGCCAUGCAGUCUUGAAUGUUCAUCCUUUGUAGAUGCUGUGCUUUCUUGUAAAGCAGGGGUCAGCCACCCUUUUCUAUAAAAGGAGGAAUUUUGUUGUCAAAGAAUAAAAGGAGGUUAUCCAUAAUUGACUUUAAGCAGCAAACAGUAAAACACUGAGCUCUUCAGCUCCACCUUUCUUGCUCUGAGAAUUGGAAAACCAAGAAGGUUUUGAUGUUUUGUUUGACGCCACCUGAAUUAGAAACAAAGAUGAACAUAACCAAAGGAGGUCUGGUGCUAUUUUCAGCAAAUUCUAAUUCAUCAUGUAUGGAGCUUUCAAAGAAAAUUGCUGAGCGGCUGGGAGUGGAGAUGGGCAAAGUGCAGGUUUACCAGGAGCCUAACCGAGAAACAAGAGUACAGAUUCAAGAGUCUGUGAGGGGGAAAGAUGUUUUCAUCAUCCAGACUGUCUCAAAGGAUGUGAACACCACCAUCAUGGAGCUCCUGAUUAUGGUGUACGCAUGUAAGACCUCUUGUGCCAAGAGCAUCAUCGGCGUGAUCCCCUACUUUCCUUACAGCAAACAGUGCAAGAUGAGGAAAAGAGGCUCCAUUGUCUCUAAAUUAUUGGCCUCCAUGAUGUGCAAAGCUGGUCUAACCCACCUCAUUACUAUGGAUUUACACCAGAAGGAAAUUCAGGGUUUCUUUAAUAUUCCCGUGGAUAAUUUAAGAGCAUCUCCCUUCCUGUUACAGUAUAUUCAAGAAGAGAUCCCAGAUUACAGGAAUGCAGUCAUCGUGGCCAAGUCUCCAGCUUCAGCCAAGAGGGCACAGUCUUUUGCUGAGCGCCUGCGCCUGGGAAUUGCCGUGAUUCAUGGAGAAGCACAGGAUGCUGAGUCAGACUUGGUUGAUGGACGGCACUCCCCACCCAUGGUCAGGAGUGUGGCUGCCAUCCACCCCAGCCUGGAGAUCCCCAUGCUGAUUCCUAAAGAAAAGCCACCAAUUACGGUCGUUGGUGAUGUUGGAGGAAGGAUUGCCAUCAUUGUGGAUGAUAUCAUCGAUGAUGUCGACAGCUUUCUUGCUGCAGCAGAGACCCUGAAGGAAAGAGGUGCAUAUAAGAUCUUCGUAAUGGCAACUCAUGGCUUGUUGUCUUCUGAUGCCCCCCGGCUGAUUGAAGAGUCUGCCAUUGAUGAGGUAGUGGUUACCAAUACAAUUCCACAUGAAAUUCAGAAGCUCCAGUGCCCCAAGAUCAAAACUGUGGACAUCAGCAUGAUUCUUUCAGAAGCCAUCCGUCGCAUUCACAAUGGAGAGUCUAUGUCCUACCUAUUCAGAAACAUAGGCUUAGAUGACUAAAAGGCUUUCCUUUUUUAAAACCCCCAAGGGCCAAACUGGAAGCACAGGCAUGAAUACUGUGAGGACCCUUCUGGCUGGAACUGGAUUACUUGAUGGAACCCCUAUGUUGUAUUCCUCCCCCCUCCUCCCACCCUCUCCCUGUGGAUUCCUGGGAACAUAGAACAACUUUUUAUGUUGGGUUGGGUAUUUGAGUUUUGGGAGCAAUUUUUAUAAAAGAAAAACUAUUCUCCUCUUAAAUAAAUUAAGACAUGGUUGUUUUUAGUGUAACUAUUAAAAAAUAACACUUGGAGUAAGAUCUUUGAGCUCACAAACAGCCUUUUAUCAAAGUUACUUAAGCCAAGUGUCCAGAAAUAUUGUUAAAAUGGUCUACUCUGACACCUGCAAUUGAAAAGCCAAAAAGAUUAUACUGUUGACUCAAGUAAGUGAUGUUUUUAGAAAUGCUUUUAUAGACAAGCAUAUGGAAUAUGUGGCUGUAUUUAUUUUCUUCAACAAAAGAAGGAAUAUAAAAAUUUGUGUUUGUGUGUGUUUUUUAAAACUUAAUGUUCUGGCAGUUGUUUUAUAACUGAAAUAAAAUGUAAGCAGAAUA